AUGGCCCCACGGACAGAGGAAACACCAGAGGCAGUCUGCAUUGAGGUGUCAGACUGGUCUGGAGACGCGGAACGCCUAGAAACGAUGGUUGAUAGCGACAGGGAACAAGUUCGACGUAUUCAGCGUAAGGUUGAUAUGCGCCUCGUUCUGCCCCUUGGACUCCUGUAUACCAUGGCCUUUCUCGAUCGCUCGAAUCUUGGAAACGUAGCAGUGGCAGGGCUGAGCACACAGCUUCAUCUCAACGUGGGAAGCCGCUACUCUAUUAUUGCUAUGAUAUUCUUCAUCAGUUAUAUUAUCAUCGACCUGCCAGCAACUUGGCUCGUUAGGAAACUUGGAGCUACCGUGUGGAUCCCGUCAAUCGCUGUAGCAUGGGGGGUUCUUACUAUUGGCCAAGGAUUUGUCAAAACAUGGGGCCAGCUAGCAGCGUGCCGAUUUCUCCUUGGUUUCUGCGAGGGUGGCUUGGUUCCUGCGGCCAUCUACUUGUUGAGUGUCUGGUACUCACGGUUUGAGAUACAAUUAAGAUUUGCAGGGUUUUACCUAUUAGGUAUCGCAUCAAGUGGGCUAUCGGGUCUACUUGCCUUAGGGAUAGAGCGGAUGAAUGGGGAUGCUGGACUGGAAGGAUGGCGUUGGAUAUUUAUAAUCGAAGGCAUAAUGAGUUGUGUUGUCGCAAUUGCCUCCUUCUUCAUUCUCGUGGAUCUCCCAGAAAAAGCCACCCGGCCUAAUAUAUUUGGAUUUCCUGCAUGGCUUAGCGAGCAGGAUGUAGCUAUCUUGGUCAAUCAUGUCCAUGCGGAUAGAGGGUCGAUGGGUUCUGAGAAAUUCUCAACAACUGAAAUGCUCGCUCACCUCAGAGAUGUGAAAAUUUGGGAAUUCUCAGCGCUACUGCUUCUAAACAAUACUUGUCUAUACGCGUUUGCCUACUUUCUCCCAACGAUUCUUGAGGAAGGUCUCGGGUACAGUGUAUCAAAGUCUCAGUUGAUGACGUUUUGGCCAUACGCUGUAGCAGUACCAUGGAUUCUUCUCGUGGCUUGGCUUUCCGACAGAUUCAAGACCCGAGGUCCGGCAAUGGUAUUCAACAGUCUUCUCUACAUAAUCGGGGCUUCUAUGAUGGGAUUCUGUCACGACCCUUCUACACGCUAUGGCGGCGUGUUCAUAGGUGUCGUUGGCAUCUGUGGCAAUGUGCCUGCUAAUUUCGGGUACCAACACAACAACACAGUUGGAAAAUCCAAACUUGCUCUUUGUGCUGGCAUGCUGACUAUUGGUGGAGCUCUCGGAGGAGUUAUUUCCGGAAAUAUUUUUCAGAGCAAGGAGGCGCCACGAUACACAACAGGUCUAAGCAUCUGCAUAGCAUUUCAGGCAACGGCUGCACUUAUUGUGACCAAGAACUUUUUUGUUUUUUCCAGAGCUAAUAGGCAAGCCGACAGAGGAGAGAGAAUUAUUGAGAACCAGCCUGGAUUCAGGUACACAUUGUAG